GGGGGAUUUACCGAUAUAGAAAAAUAAACGCUGAUUUUAAUUUUGUAAACACGCUGUGUGUUUUAUCAUAUGUGCUUGUUUUAUCGCCUGUAACCGUAUGUGCUGAGACUAUUUUAGGUUAAAAUGAAUCUUUACGUUCUUGGGUUACUACUGUUGGUCGUUGCAAACAUAAAAACCGUUGCAGCAGAAUCUGGGCGUCCGAACGUUUUGUUUCUCGUCAUUGAUGACCUUCGACCCGCCCUUGGUUGCUAUGACUACCCGAAGAUAUUUUCCCCCAACAUCGACAAACUUGCUUCGUUUUCAAUGAAGUUUGAAAAUGCCCACAUACAGCAAGCAGUAUGUGGUCCAAGCAGAACAUCAUUCUUAACCAGCAGAAGACCAGAUACAACACGAUUGUAUGACUUUGGUUCAUAUUGGCGAACACAUGCAGGCAACUAUACAAGUCUGCCUCAACAUUUUAAAGAAAAUGGUUAUUUCACUUAUAGCAUUGGGAAAGUGUUUCAUCCAGGUAUAUGUUCCAACUACAAUGAUGACUUCCCUUUAUCUUGGUCUCUACCUGCUUGCCACCCACCGACACAGAAGUAUAAGAUGAAACAGGUGUGUCCGGGACCAGAUGGUAAACUACACAUGAAUCUACUUUGUCCUGUGAAUGUGAGCACCCAACCUGAACAUUCACUUCCCGAUAUACAAAGUGCCGGCCAUGCAGUUGAGAUGAUACGGAAGUUUAGCAACAACAAAUCUCAGCCAUUUUUUCUCGCUGUUGGUUUCCACAAACCCCACAUCCCGUACAAAUUCCCCGAACAAUACCUUGACCUUUACCCCAUAUCUGAGAUCGACCUCGCACCUAAUCCCUUUAUCCCUAAAGAACUUCCACCUGUUGCGUUCUCCCCUUACACCCAGAUGAGGAUCAGGGAAGACGUCAAAUCACUCAAUCUUAGUUUUCCAUUUGGACCAAUUCCUUAUGAUUUUCAGCGCAAAAUCCGUCAGCAUUAUUAUUCCUCAGUUACAUACAUGGAUAGCAUGGUGGGCAAGGUGUUGCAACAACUUGAACAAUCUGGGUUUGCUGACAACACAAUAAUCACCCUGAUUGGAGACCAUGGGUGGAGUCUGGGGGAGCAUGGUGAUUGGUGCAAAUAUGAGAAUUUUGAGGUCACGACCCGAGUCCCAAUGCUUGUCCAUGUACCUGGUAUGACUGAUGUUAACAAAGGAAAGAAGGCAAAGUUUCAAUAUAUUGAUGUUUUCAAUGAAAAGCCUCGCAAGUCUGUAAAGUCAGGUCCACACUUGAAUGUCUUAGUAGAAGCUGUAGAUUUGUUUCCAACACUUGCAGAACUCGCGCAGCUCCCAGUUCCACCAAAAUGCCCGGAAAGUCCAUUUAAAGUUAAGUUUUGCACCGAAGGAGCCAGCUUUGCGCAGUUAAUUGAAUAUUCAUCAGAAAAUUAUGCUGUCCAGCAUAAAGGACUUAAAACUCAUAUAAAAAAAGGCAUACCAUGGAAAUCUGCUGUAUUCAGUCAAUAUCCAAGACCGUCUGAUUAUCCACAGCAGAACACUGAUCUUCCCAGUUUAAAAGACAUACGUAUCAUGGGCUACACAAUGAGGACUCAUCACUACCGGUAUACAGCGUGGGUCAGUUUUAAUCCAGUCAAGUUUUUUGCCAACUUUUCAGAGGUUCACGCUCGUGAACUUUAUUUGAGAGAUUCAGAUCCUCUCGAAAUAUACAACGUGGCAAACUUGAAGGAAUAUUCAAACCUUGUUUCAAAGUUGCAUACAAGACUUGCAAAGGGUUGGAGACAUGAAGUGUUUGAUUUUCAGUAAAAAAGCAGUUUAUAAUUGUUACAAUUUGCUACUUAUUUAAUUGUAAGGCAGUAAUUAAAGUGAAAGCUGGUAUGGUUUUCUUGGCUACCAACUAAACUAGUCAUUCGCUGAACUAUUUAACGCGUUUUUUUAGUCAAUAAAAUUUGGUCAGUGUAUUUUUACAUUAAGCCGGCCAACUAAGUUUCUGUGUAUUACUUAUUACAUAAGUUAGUCGUUCAUAAUCCACCUACUAAAUUUUAGUCCGCGACUAAAACAGAAAAAUUAAAUUUAGCCCGAAACUAGUUUAGUUGGUAGCCGAAUAUGCCAUCCAAGUCUAAAAUUGAUUUGUUGAUGUACCGUAUUUCAUGCUUUAAAGUGUGUUAUAUACAAGUUUUAUUCUUCUGUUUUAUAUGCAUACAUUCAUUCAACAUGCACAGUUUAUGCCUCAUAUACAACCAUUAGCACGUAGCGCUAAAUAUAAAUGCAGAAGUCUCUGGUGUACA